AUGUCCUCAGGUGCACUUGGAGAGGUGGAUGGAAGCAACAUGGACUUCCAUCCCUUUGGCUUUUUAGUAAUGAACUCUGCCUACUCUGGCGAAGUCUGUGCUGUGCCUUCCUGUGCCCCCAGGUCCUGUUACUCAGUUUACUUCAGUUACUCAGAUUACUUCAAGCAAAUUGGCAUUAUAAAGACCAAUAAGAAGACAGGGCAGCCUAUGAUCAACUUGUAUACAGACAGGGAGACAGGAAAGCUAAAAGGAGAGGCUACGGUAUCGUUUGAUAAUCCCCCUUCUGCCAAGGCAGCCAUUGAUUGGUUUGAUGGGAAAGAAUUUUCUGGAAACCCUAUUAAAGUCUCCUUUGCCACUCAAAGAGCAGACUUCAACAGAGGAGGUGGCAAUGGCCGUGUUGUUCAUGGACGUGGAGGACCCAUGAGCCAUGGAGGCUUUGGAGGUGGAGGCAGUGGUGGUGGCAGCCGUGGCGGAUUCCCCAGUGGAGGGGGUGGUGGUGGAGGCCAGCAGAGAGCUGGAGACUGGAAAUGUCCUAAUCCCACAUGUGAGAACAUGAACUUUUCUUGGAGGAAUGAGUGUAACCACUGUAAGGCACCUAAGCCUGAUGGACCUGGAGGGGGACCUGGAGGCUCUCAUAUGGGGGAUAAUUUUGGAGAUGAUCAGAGAGGUGGCAGAGGUGGCUAUGACCAAGGCAGAGGCGGGGACGGUGGGGAAUUCCGAGGGGGCCGGGGUGGAAGAGACAGAGGUGGCUUUGGACCUGGCAAGAUGGACUCGAGGGGUGAACACAGACAAGACAGACGGGAGAGGCUGUAUUAGCCUGACUCGGGCAUCUCUGGACCACCUUCCCUUCCAGACCCUACUGUUCCCUUUAUUUUGUAACUUUCCUGCCCGCCUUCCUAUCCUUGUUUUGUGUCGGACUUUGUAAUUGUAACCAUACUCCCAGCUCCCAUUAAAUGCCAUUGUUUUA